UUGAACUCGCGUGCGUGUACGAGCGCUGGAGGUUAAAGAAGCUCUCCGUAACUUCGCAUUUUAUUCACGACUUUUUUCAGUGAACUAAUUGAUGAACUGCUUCUUUUUUACCUUUCAAUUAACCUCGUGAUACAUAAGUAUUUUGUAAGUUGUUGUAGAUACUGGAUUAAUGUGUUUUUGAUGAACCUGCGACCUUGAAUUUUAAGCAGUCGUUAUCGACUUUACAAUAAUGCUAUAUAGCGAGGGAGAGAAUAUUGCCACGAAAAAUAUAUUUCUUACGUCUAUGAUUUCUGGAGCUGCUGCAGGGGUAGUGUGUGACAUAGUUUUUUUCCCUCUAGAUACUUUGAAGACUCGGUUACAAAGUCAACAUGGAUUUAUUAAAUCUGGAGGAUUCAGGCACCUUUAUCAAGGCAUUGUACCAGUCAUGAUAGGCUCUGCACCAGCAGCUUCUCUAUUUUUUAUGACGUAUGAAGGGAUCAAACAUGUAUUUCAGCCUUACCUUCCACAUCAAUAUCACUCCUUUAUACACAUGGGUGCUGCCUCCUCAGCUGAAAUGGUUGCAUGUUUAAUCAGAGUGCCAGUGGAAGUGGUGAAACAGCGCAAGCAAGCUUUACUUAAUGACACAAACAGACUGAGGCUAAGGACUCUUUUUCGAGGAUAUGGUAGUACAGUUCUCAGAGAUUUGCCAUUUGGACUGGUGCAAAUGCCACUCUGGGAAUAUUUCAAAUUAUGCUGGACCAGAAAAGCUUGUCGUGAGUGUACUCCCUUUGAAGGUGCUACUUGCGGUGCUGCUUCGGUAACAGUAUCGGCGGCGAUAACGACACCGUUGGACGUUGCUAAAACAAGAAUAAUGCUCUCGUCAACGUCCGCCGAUAAGAAGGAAGUUCGCAUUUCGACAAUGCUCAAGGAGGUUUACAGAGAAAACGGAGCACGCGGGUGCGUCUACAUAAAUGUUUCGCUUAUAAAAUUACCUAUUUUAUUUUACAAUAUAAAAAUGAAUAAAGAUGUGAAUGCUUUUCAUAACUAUAUAUCUACCAGUACAAUUCGUUAUCUUUCAUUACAGAUUGUUUGCCGGUUUCACGCCACGAGUCUGCGGCUUUACAAUGGGUGGCUUCGUGUUUUUCGGCGUGUACGAGCAAGUUCGAGAAUUAUGCGAAUCAAGAUUCAACGGCCAGAUGUAAUUGCUUCCAGUAUUUUUUUCUUCUUCGUCAAAUUAGAGAAAAAACUGAGCUUCCGCUGAUUUAGAUACGCACC